CUUGUCACAAUUUCCUUAACAGUUUGUCUGUCAGAGCGAUUUAGCUUACCAGCUGUCUUGUACCGAAGCUAGAUAGCUACUUCGCUUUUUGGGGAGAAACUCAAAUGUUGCAUGUUAACCUCAAGAGCAUCUAGCUAGGUUCUUAAUUCUCUGUUAAUAACUACUUGUAGACAUAGUCUUUGAAGAACAAGUCAUUGCACUUACAUUUGCUGCAAUGGCUCUGUCGAAAUGUAACCGGCUAAGUGGUCCCUUGAUUAGGGAGUUGCUUGAUUCUGUAGAAAGUGUUCUGUUCGAUUGCGAUGGGGUUAUUUGGCGCGGAGAUCAGGCUAUCCCUGGCGCGCCAGAGGUUAUUAAUUUGUUAAAGAAGAAUGGUAAACGAGUCUUUUUCGUGACUAACAACAGCACUAAGACGAGAAAAAUGUAUGCCGAUAAACUGGCUUCACUGGGGUUCAACGCCACCGAGGAGGAAGUGUUCGGUACGGCGUACUGUUCAGCGAUGUACCUCAAGUCCAUACCACACUUGAAGGGCAAAGUGUACCUAAUCGGCAGCAAGGCAAUGAAACAGGAGCUUCAAACUGUGGGAAUCGAGCAAGUAGGGGCUGGUCCUGAUCCAAUUACUGGCGUACAGAGCGACUGGGCCAACGUUCCUUUGGAUCCCGAUGUAAAAGCUGUGGUCGUCGGCUUUGAUGAGCAUUUCAGCUACAUGAAGCUGAAUCGAGCGAUGCAGUACCUCAGCAAUCCGGAAUGCCUGCUCGUCGGCACGAACACCGACACGCGGUUGCCCCUGGAAGGAGGAAAGGCUGUCCCAGGUACAGGCUGUCUCCUUAAGGCGGUCGAGACUGCUGCCCAGCGCCAGGCCCAGGUAGUAGGGAAGCCCAGCCAUUUCAUGUUCGACUGUGUGGCCAGCCAGUAUGGUUUGGACCCAGCCAAAACCCUAAUGGUGGGUGACAGGCUGGACACUGACAUUCUACUGGGCACCAACUGUGGCCUGAAGACCCUGCUCACCCUCACGGGGGUAUCCACGGUAGCUGACGCUAAGGAGCAUCAGCAGAGUGGUUGCCCUAAACGUCUUGGCAUGGUUCCUGACUACUUUGUGGAGAGUAUUGCAGAGCUCCUGCCAGCAUUACAGGGUUAGACAUAGACUUUAACAAACUAACCAACCAACCACCCUCACUGUCCAUGCUUGAGCUGAAUACAUGCACUGAAAGAGACAGAACAAAAUAUCAUAUAUCGGUCUUUUUAAAUAAUCAUCACAAAUGCUCAGACUGAAUUUGAUGGAAUACUAAUAGCUAUCUUUUACCAGUAUUGAUAAAGUGGUUUACACAAUAUAAUUUAUCAGUAAGGAAUAAAACAUAGAUGUAAGUUGUAAGGCAAAGGGAUUCCAUAGCUUGCAGAUCACCUUGCCAGGGAACCUCACUUUGUGAUGUGUGGUGUUAGGGUGAUAGUCUUUCUGUGUGGUGUUAGUGUUCAGUGUAAUGCCAACUGUCAAACUGCAUGACUCGCAACUUGUGUAAUCCCAAUUCAUAUAUGUCUAGCGUCAAAAAUCCAGAAACUCCGGAAAAGAAAAACAUUUUCUUAAAA